UGAGAAUCUUCAUAGAAACUCAUCAGAACUCGCAAUGAACAGGAACGUGAAUGACAUUAAGGAAGAGGACAUUUAUGACUUUCUACCAGAGCAUUUGACUACAGACAGGAAAUACAAUGGUACUUGGACACCAAUUUGCAAGCAAGAACCAUCUUUGUCACAUGAAACUGAAGAAAGGGAGAAGUCUCAUGUAAUGCUAUUUAGUGGUCAUGAGAUCACUUCUACAAUUCAGCCAUCAACUCCUUCACAACAGGCAGUAUCUCUGAAGAGGAUUAAAGAGGAGGAAGACAUGUAUGAUUUCCUCCCAAAGUAUUUGUACAGAACAAAGGAGGAAGAGAAUGACAUGAAGAAGGAAACAGAGUCUUCUCUAAUGAAAUACAAUGGAGACAUGGCCCCUAUAGGCGAAGACCAGACCCAUGUGCCAAGAAAUCCAUUCAAAUGUGACACAUGUGGGAAAGGAUUUGAACUAAAGGGUAAUCUCAACGUGCACCAAAGAACCCAUACUGGGGAAAAGCCUUACCACUGCGCUACAUGUGGAAAAGGCUUUAUACAGAAAAGUAACAUCACCCAUCAGAGAACCCAUACUGGAGAAAAGCCUUACCAGUGUGUCACAUGUGGAAAAUGCUUUGUAGGAAAGAGUGAUCUCUACAAGCAUAAGAAAACCCACACGGGGGAAAGGCCUUACCAGUGUGCUACAUGCGGAAAAAACUUUACACAGAAAAGUACCCUCAUCACCCAUCAGAGAACCCAUACUGGAGAAAAGCCUUACCAGUGUGUCACAUGUGGAAAAUGCUUUGUAGGAAAAAGUGAUCUCUACAAGCAUCAGAGAACCCACACGGGGGAAAGGCCUUACCAGUGUUUAACAUGCGGUGCAGCCUUUUCACAAAGCACCAGUUUAGCUAAUCAUGAGAGAAUUCAUACGGGGGAAAGGCCUCACCAAUGUGCUACAUGUGGAAAAGGCUUUGCACAGAAAAGUCAUCUUAUUACCCAUCAGAGAAUUCAUACUGGAGAAAGGCCUUACAAGUGUGCUACAUGUGGGGACGGCUUUGCAGACAAAGGUACCCUGAUCAAGCAUCAGAGAAUCCAUACUGGAGAAAGGCCUUACCAGUGUGCUACAUGUGGAAAAGGCUUUGUAGGAAAGAGUGAUCUCUACAAGCAUCAGAAAACCCACACGGGGGAAAGGCCUUACCAGUGUGCUACAUGUGGAAAAGGCUUUGCACGGAAAGGUCACCUCAUCACCCAUCAGACAAUUCAUACUGGAGAAAGGCCUUACAAAUGUGCUACAUGUGGGGAUGGCUUUGCAGUGAAAGGUACCCUGAUCAAUCAUCAGAGAAUCCAUACUGGAGAAAGGCCUUACAAGUGUGCUAUGUGUGGAAAAGGCUUUGCACAGAAGGGUAACCUCACCACCCAUCAGAAAAUCCACAUUGACAUCAACUAA